UUUCCACCGCUCGCUUUUUUUUCUAGACUGACGACGAUGGCCAAGGGCAGAGGCAAGGGCAACCUCAAAGCGGGGCUGCGGUCGCUCGAGGCGCGCAAGGUCACCGAGGCAAAGGUCAAGCGUGCCGAGGAGGCCGCCAAGAGGAAAGCCGACAGCAUCGUGGGCGUGUCGAAGAAGCGAAAGACGAAGCCGGCGGCGCCCAGUGAGGUCGGAUCGAACAAGGGCAGACCGAGGCCGACCUACCCAUUUGACGAGGAGGAUGCGAUUCUGCUUGUUGGCGAGGGCGACUUCUCCUUUGCACUCUCGCUCCUCUCGGCCCCUCACUGCCACCCCGGGCACCAGGUCUGCGCAACAUCGUACGACUCCGAGUCUACAUGCCUCUCCAAAUAUCCCACUACGGCGCCAGACAAUAUCGCUUCGCUACGGCAGCGGGGAUGUCGAGUCGAGUUCGGCAUCGACGCAGGCUCGCCCGAGGCGCUGCUGAAGCUCACUGCGCGACAGGCAGCACGAUGGAGCAAGGUCGUCUUCAACUUCCCACACGUGGGCCAAGGGCACAAGGAUGAGGGACGCAAUGUACUCGCGAACCAAGCACUGCUGAUUAGAUUCCUCGUGGCUGCUGCGCCGUGCCUGUCGAGAGGCGAUGCGCCGAGGUACGUGACCGGCGGAAGCGGCGUGAGCAAGGGCAAAGAACGAGAAGGCUCCGUGUCGAGUGUGGAAGAGGAGGCGAAUGACGAUGAGUUGGACGAAAUGACCUUGGAUGUUGAAGAAGAAGAAGAGAGCCAAGGCCAGAUGCUACCCAAAAAGGAAGCAAAGGUGGGGCUCGUGACGCCGAGCCGCGCCGGAAGCGUGCUCAUCACGCUGCGAAAUUGCCCACCGUAUACAAAGUGGGACGUGGGGAUGCUUGCCAAGCAGCUCGUCCUCGUUUGCGAACCGACGAUUCGAUCGGCACCCGCGCUGCCAAAGGGCCAGCAUCCCCCCAGUCAGACGCAGCUUCAGGCCGUCCGUGAAUUGGCGUCAUCAGAAAAGGGCUUCAAGGUCUGGCGGAGCUUUGCAUUCGACAAGACCCUCUGGAAGGGCUACGAGCAUCGGAGGACACUUGGAUGGAAGCCAUCGUGGCAAGACGUGACACAAAAGGGUGCAAGCGGCAGAGAGGAAGACGACAUCGGACAGCAAGAGUGCAGGACAUGGGAGCUGGGCCUGCAAUGAGGUCGAAGAGAUGGUUCAGGUAACGGAGAGGAUGGGUUGGUUGGUGCGAAAUUCAAAAGACUUGUACAAGUAGUAGACAACAAC